UUGCGUCGGUCGUCGCUUUACGGCAGAUCGUGUUGCUGGAGGUCAGGGGCAUGACGAGAACUCGAGCUCGGUAGUCUGAAACGAGAACCCGGUGUUUUCACUUGGGAAAAAAUCACGAAGGAUUUAACAAACGCUUCAGCGGGACAGCGACUGUUGCUGCCGGUGAAUCCUGCAGCUCGUCACUGAUAAAUUCGUCUUGGAUUUUGAGUUUCGCGACAUAGCUUCGCUUGCUAACGUUAGCCCGGUCGGCUCGGCUAGCAUCUCCAGCAGCUCCCCACCCCCUGGCUCCAGUCCUCGCCAGGUGACCCCUCACAUCUGCCACAGCCAUGGACAGCAACUCGCAAGGCUCGGGAGGAGGCAAGGGCGGUCUCGGGGGUCUCUUCGGGGGUGGUGCCCCUGAAUACUCCAACACGGAGCUCGCCGGUGUUCCCUUGACUGGGAUGAGUCCUCUGUCCCCUUACCUCAAUGUCGACCCUCGUUACCUGGUUCAGGACACAGAUGAGUUCAUCUUACCGACAGGUGCUAAUAAAACAAGAGGGAGGUUUGAGCUGGCUUUCUUCACCAUCGGAGGAUCCUGCAUGACAGGAGCAGCACUCGGAGCUGUUAACGGUCUCAGGAUGGGUCUGAAGGAGACCAGAGACAUGGCAUGGUCCAAACCUCGUAAUGUACAGAUUAUCAACAUGGUGACCCGACAGGGUGCUUCAUGGGCCAACUCUCUGGGCUCUGUUGCCUUGUCAUAUAGCGUCUUCGGCGUAGCGAUAGAGAAAGCCAGAGGAGCAGAAGAUGACAUCAACACAGUGGCUGCUGGGACGCUAACUGGGAUGCUGUUCAAGUCAGGAAGUGGUGUAAAGGGUGUAGCCCGAGGAGGUCUGGCUGGUUUAGCCUUAUCUGGUGCCUACGCUCUCUACAACAACUGGGACCACAUCACCGGCUCCUCCUCAUCGUCGUCCAGGCUGUACUAACUCCUCCCCCCCACACACACAUCUGCUUCCACAUUAGGGCCAAAUAUCUCUCCGAGGACACAGCCUUUAACCACAGCGCUAAGAGGACUCUGGUCAAAUGCAGUGUGCUUUUCAGGGACGUGAGCCGAUCCCAGAUCGCUGGUUUAUCCCCCUCGUCGCCACUUUUACUUUCCAGGUGUAUUCUGGGAAAGACAAGAUGUGAAAAUGCGGACUCAAUUCCACUGGAGCUCCAGAUGUAGACCGUCCUAUAACACCCGUCUCUUCAUGCAUCCUGUCACCGAUCUGAAUUAGACCCUGAGAGGAUGAUGAACAGAGGAGUGUUGUUUGUCAUAUCUUUGUUUAUGGGAGACUUAUUAGUCUUCUUUGAUGCUAGUUUUAAAAUCAUUGAACCCAUGAAAUGUGGGUUAAAAGAGCCAAUUUGUAAGAUGGUGGAUGUGGUUCACUGGAUGAAUGGCAGUGAUUCAUGUUCUGGUUUUGGACUGAAAGACUCUUCAGUUGGUGAAGAGCAAAGAGAUUUACUGUCUACAAACACAGAGCGAAGCCUUACGGUCAGUUCUACUCUUGUAUUUAUUGAAGCAGUGCUCUCUGACGUCACUGUAAAGCUGUUUAUGUGUUUCCAUAAACCCGCUGUGUUAAAAACUAUAAUAAAAAAAUGGGAAAUAUCGACAACA